AUGCUAACUUUUGUGAAGGUAUCUUGGCCAAGGUCUCCUUGGUUCCACAUACCAACACUUUCAGACUUGGACAAACCCUCCAUAGGUUCCCAGCGGGUUUUUGUUCGCCUCUUGUUUUCCCUCCAAAAAAAUCAAGAGGUCAUACCAGGCAUAAUCUCCAACCCUCGAAGAGUCUUCAACCAGUGGGUUUUUGUUCGCCUCUUGUUUUCCCUCAAAAAAAAACCAAGAGGCCCAGCCAGGUCGGGCGAGGGGUUUUUGUCGGGCGGGCGGCAGGGGGUUUUUGUUUCGCCUCUUGUCUUCCCCUCCAAAAAGAUCAAGAGGAAUUGGGCGGUAGGGGGUUUUUGUUUCGCCUCUUGUCUCCCCCUCCAAAAAGAUCAAGAGGAGUAUGCGUAA